AGCCCUCAAAUUUUAAGGAACUGAAUUAGCCUUGUGUACAUUCAUUAGUAGCAGGGACAAAUAAUUUGUGGGGGGUUUAUUGGAUAGCUAGCAAAAACCUUUCAAUCUAAGCAGAUCAAAUCGGAGUAUGGGCUCAGAGACGUUUCUUGAAGUGUUAUUGGCAAUAUUGUUACCCCCUGUUGGAGUCUUCCUCCGUUAUGGAUGUGGGGUGGAAUUCUGGAUUGAUUUGUUGCUGACUAUACUGGGAUACAUACCGGGAAUCGUUUAUGCAAUCUAUGUAUUAGUGGGAUAGCAGGAGUUGGAUUUGUCUUUUGUAGAUCUAUUUCAUGCUUCUUAGAAUAAACUGCUAAUCUCUUGUGGUUCCUUUUCCCUGUUGGCACUUAUAUCAUAUGUGUAUGUUUACAAUGACCA